AUGCAAGUGGAUGAUGCUGUGGAUGAGGGCAAAGGUGCAGGCUAUAUUCUUUCAAGGAGAAGAGGCAUAGAGGCCGGUUCGAUACGUGUGUGGGCUUCGCAAUAUUCUGAUGAUCUAGAUGAUAGAUACCGUGAUCGACAGAUUUCGAACGACAAGGUGGAGACUUGGAAAGAAUUCGUAGCGCAGUUCCGACUCCGGCAGGAAUGGUUUGAUGAUCGUCUCCGCUUUAUGGACCAUCAGGGUCCACUUUCUCCAGAAUAUCGUAACUUCGAGUUCAUCCAUGUAGCCAGAGAUCAACAGUUAUGGAUUCCGGACACAUUUUUCCAAAAUGAACGAAACGGGUGGUACCAUAUGUUGGACCAGGAGAAUCGUUUUUUAAAAAUUCGCUCAGACGGGAAACUCAUCUAUGACAGAAGGUUAACACUUCACUUAGCGUGCUCUAUGCAUUUAUCACGUUAUCCAAUGGAUUCGCAGAAUUGUGAAAUCGCUUUUGCUUCUUAUGCUUACACAACUGACGACAUUAAAUACGAAUGGGAUGUGGAGGCAAUUCGAAUUCACGACGGGGCCAAUGGGGCCUUGCCGAACUUCGAUAUCGCCACUUUCCGUAACGGAACUUGCCAUUCGAAAACCAACACAGGUACUUCACAUCAGUGCCUCAACUUUGACUAG